UGCAAUCAAAUAUUGGAAGUACGUUUCCGGCUAGAACCAAGUCCUUUCACACAGUAUGAACUCACGGCCAAGAUUCGCAACAACACGUGAAUUGCUGAAACAGACCCAAACUCCAGAUCCGAUUGAAUAAAAACAACUUAUUGUAAUUCUUAAAUUACGAAAUGAAUGGCAACAACUAUAACGAUGUUUACUAACUAAGUUUAGAAAUUUGAAGGAGAGCUUGAACGCAAUGGCGCCAUUGUUGAAGGCGGUAAACAAGAUGUAAACAGAAAAUGGCCUCAUACGAAACCGGAUAUGACGAUGAGCGAUUCCAACAUCCAGUUGGUCAGAGCUUUCACUGUGGUAUUUGUUACAAUGUCAUCAAAGACCCGGUCAUGUGUCGACAUAAUGAACAUUUGUUCUGUAGAGGUUGCAUCACCAGACAUCUCAUGAACUCUCAGACAUGUCCCACAUGUAUUGAGCCACUUACUGUUGACACCCUGACUCGAGCAUCGCGGACCGUAACCAAUUUACUGUCGGAAUUAAAGAUUCACUGUGAAUUCUUCAAUCGUGGUUGUGAAAGAUUUGUGGAGUUAGGAGAGCUUGAAAGGCAUGUUGUGGACUGUGGGUUUGCCCCAGCAGUCUGCUCGAAUGAAGGCUGUGGUCAGGAAGUCGAUAAGCAAGAUUUAUUGCAUCAUGAAACGGCCGUGUGUGAAUUUCGCCGUGUGAAAUGUCACAGUUGCAAUGAAAUCAGCCAAGAGAUGGAUAUAGUUAAGAAAAACUUGGCUGUGAUGAACCUCAAGUUGAAUGAAGUCAGUGAAACCUUGAAACAAAAUGAGAAGAAGUUGGAUAGAAAUGAGAAAAGUGUGCUGGUGAACGUUGAGAUGGUUCAAAAACAACUCAACAAGCAGGAAGAAAGCAAUCUUCGGCUAGAAGCGGACAAUGUAGAAAUGAAGAAAUGUUUAGAGAAAGUGGCACAACAAAUGGAAAGAUUGACCCAGCAGCGGGAAGAUCUAAAGAAAAGUAUCGCAGAAGCUGUUGAACCUGAAAGAGAGCCGAGAAUUAUCGUUGCUGGGGGAUAUAAUGCUGGGAGUUUAAAUUCUGUGGAAAUGUUCAGCCUCUCAAAUGGAAAGUGGUUACCACUACACCCCAAUGAAACAAAGCCGUCAUUUUGCAUCCUCUGUCGUUUACAACAAUCAAAUGCUUGUUAUUGGAGGUUUUACCAAUGUAAAGUAUUGGCUACCCUGUCAGAAAGUAGAUGGCUACAUGGGGCUGUCUUGUUUGGUAACACGAUCGCAAUUCUUGGGGGGAAAAAAGCUUGGGAUAGUUCGUCGAAUCUGAAAUCCGUUCUGUUGUAUGAUAUUGUCAAGAAUGAAUGUCGUCAUUUAGCGCCAUUGCUUUAUUCUAUGAAUCGAAUGGCCACUGUCAAGUGGGGUGAUGACAAAGUGAUUUUAAUCGGAGGCAGUAACUAUAGCGACAUGAAGUAUAAGAGGAGAGGAUGUGCUGCCGCAGUCGUUGGUGACACUGUGGUUGUUAUGGGGGGACAAGAUGAAAGAGGAAACUCUUUAAAGUCUGUCGAAAGUUUCAGGUUCGAUUCAUGCACCUGGGAAGAACUUCCCGAUAUGCAAGAAGCAAGAGACGGAGCUGCAACAGUUGUAUGUUAA